AAUAUAGCUACGGUUUGUAAUUUUUUUCUUCACUUACGUUAUUUCACGAGUGGCUGCAUAUUUAAAUUAAUCUUAAAUAUUAUCAAACAUAUAGGCAUUGCAAGUUUAAACCGCCGUGGAUUCUCUGGCACAAUAAACCAUGACGUAUCAACGUCUAGCAAUCUUCUGUAUCGUUCUAUGUGCCUUGGUCAACGUGGGACGGGGACAGAUCGCCGACAAUGUUGAUGGUGGAGCAGAUGGGGUUAAUGGUCAUCAGCACCUAGAGGGGACGGCAGAUACAGAGAAAAUAAUAUUUGGAAUGAACUGUAUCAAGGAAGACAAAAGUAGUACGGAGGUGAAAUUUGAAUUUUUCGUGUAUCAAAAGGACGAUGGAUUCAAAUUUACAUCUACAGCUAAUACGUUUAGGAAAGGUCAAUUAGUAAUAUACGACACCUGCCAUUUUAUCGAUGCAACUGACUAUAAUAAUGAUAAAACUAUUCGGAAGGCAACUGCCGAUGCUAAUUGUGAAAACACGGUAGAGUACUCUGCGAUUACUACUCCAGACGCAACUUCUACGUCUACGCUAUACGACGUCAGAACGAAGAAGCACACUCUCACGGUUCCAGACCCUUCAGUGGGAUCACAGUACAAAUGUGGCUCCCGGAAAGACACCAAUGACAUCGAAGUGAUGACUUACUGCAAACGAGAUGCAGGUUUCGAUAAAGCGUUCGACAUAGUGUUCAAAGCAAAAUAUGAUACAACUUCUUGCACGGCGACGUCCAUUGAGUAUGACAAGCUAACAGUAGCUGGUCCGCCAAAAAUUGAUGUGAAGUAUAAUUUAGAAGUCUCCAUGAAAGUCUACAAACACCCUGAUAUUGGAACAUCAAUCACUACACAGGAGAGUGCAUCUGGCAACGAAAUUAAGGUCCCCGUUGCUCUAGGCACGUCGGCAUAUCUCGAAUUUUGUUUAAAAAUUCCACCAAAUACGGCUGGUUAUAAUCAAUUUUUUGUGGACGGUAUAACUCCCAUAGCAGUCAGACCUCACACGUGCACAGCGGCUGCUGAUAUUGCUAAUGACGAUUUUCAAACCGACAUAGAGGGUAUGACCACGUGGCCAACAAUAGUCUUAGCUGACGGGUGCGGCGGAGCGGGAGACACAGAUAAGGGUCUGAAAGAGUUUUUUGGUAAAAGUGAUUAUAUAUUUAAAUGGCUGAAAGGAACUGAAACCAAAAGCCACUUGAUGUCUCCAAAUUGCGCCAAGAGCGUAACGUUUCCACUUGUUUCGAUGGCCAGAUUGAAAGCUAAUGAUGUAGUGACCACCAUAUAUAAAUGCAAGCUUGAUUACUGUUUCACCAAUACAGAUGAAAAAUGUUUCGGAAAUCAGGCUGGCGGCUCUAAUCCGUACCCAACAUGCCCCACUACCCGUAAAAGACGCCGACGUGAGACUGUUGAGGUUGGUGAAGGUUUACCAUCAGAAGUUUCAGUGAGAGUUGAUAUCAUUAUGCCAGGAAUGGAUAACAAUAGCACUAGCAGUGGAUUUGACGGUUGUUUCGAGAAAACGGCUUUUAUUGGAAUUACUUCAGUGUUGUCAACAUUGUUGUUCGCUGUACUGUUAGCCGCUGUGUUCUUGGCGGUGAAACUGGGCGGAGCCGAACCACAUGAAUCAUCAACUGAUUCCAUGACGGGCAUACAGAACAAAGGUUACUACUAGUUAGUUAAUAACAGGAUAUAUUACAUGUUCUUCAAUAUGUCUGGCAAAUAGAAAAAAAACCAAAACAAAAGAGCAGUUGUAUAUAAAAGUACAUUUAUUGUUUUGUAAAUGUUUUGUAUUCAAUAUAUUUUAAAGGAAAAGAAAAAAAAGCAUUUUUUAGGUUAUAAACAAAUCAGAUAAUUUUUUCAGCUAGAAGUGGAUGAAAAAUAUAAGUUGCAGGAACUGGAAAGUUGACUCAAUUACUGCGUUUUAUAUUGUAUGUGUUUUUACUCCUUUUUUAUCUUUCUUUCUAAAAUAUAUCUUAUAAAAUAUUUCUUCUAUUGUAGUUCUAAAUGCAGUCAAUAGUAAUAAUAAAGGAAUAUAAUUAGU